AUGGACAGAGACUGCAUUAUUGCUGGGCUCUUGCAUGACACAGUUGAGGAUACGCCAAUCACUCUCGAGGAGCUUGAGUGCCUUUUUGGCAGGGACGUCAGGAAGAUUGUUGAGGGCGAAACCAAAUUUAGUAAGCUUGCGAAGAAAGUCCAUGGUGACAAAGCCAGUCGCACAGAGGAGGUGAAAAGCGAUAUACCACGGGAAGGAAUGCACAACGGCGUUGGCGAACGCGACAACCCAUGGACGUCUCUUCUCUCGGCCAAUGCCACAGACUUUCUGGCGGAGGAAGAAGAGACACGCACCACACGUCUUUCGGCAUGGCAGAAAGAACGCCAAAAACGGGAAGAAGAGCAGCAAAAACAAGCAGAUAACUUGCGAGCUAUGUUUUUGGCUAUGACUGAGGAUGUCCGCGUUAUUAUUGUCAAACUGGCUGACAGAUUGCACAAUAUGCGAACUCUAAAGCACAUGAGCCCUGCAAAGCAGAAGAAGAUUUCCAAAGAGACGCUUGAGUUUUUCGCACCUCUGGCGCAUCGACUGGGAAUGCGGCGAAUUAAGAGCGAACUUGAAGAGCUGAGUUUUAUGUAUCUGUAUCCCGAAGAAUACCACCAACUCAAAUAUGAGGUUGAGACGAUGCUGCGAAGGUCAAGAUUCGACUACUACCUCAAAUCAGCUGAAGCUGUUGUGAAGGAUGUUCUUGAGCAGGAUCGCAUUUUAUACAACAUGAUUCGAUCGGUAGAAGUCAUCGGAAGCACAAAGGAACUCUACUCAAUCUAUCGGAGAAUGCUCGCAGGCGAAAAUCUAGCUUCAAUGCUAGACAUUGCUACAAUGCGCGUAGUUGUAGACUUGGACCCAGGGGUGGACUGUAACCAAGCUUGCUAUCAUGUUCUCGGACGUAUUCACACCAUGUGGAAACCUCUCCCGAAGAGAUUGAAAGAUUAUAUAGCUUUUCCGAAGCCUAACGGGUACCAGAGUUUACACACUACGGUACUGCUUGGCCAAAAGUUCGAUUUCUUAGCCAUGGAAAUCCAAAUUCGAACAGCAGAAAUGCAUCGCAUAGCCGAAGAAGGCAUAGCAGCGGAAAUAUUCCAGUCUGGAUCAGUAUCGAAAGCAAUUCCGCUCACACAGGAUGAGGAACAGGACGACAACGCUAUAGGCCUCGACGGUGAAUGGCGGCGGCGCACAAAGGGCUGGCUCAUCAGCAUACGUGAGUAUAUCGAAGAAUUUUCUUCUUCCCGGGACCUUGUCGAUGCUGUAAGGAGAGACUUGCUCGGCAAUCGCGUCUUUGUUUUCACACCGAAAGGCCGCAUUGUGGAUUUGCCGAAGGACUCAACGCCAAUAGACGUUGCAUACACGAUCCAUUCAGAUGUGGGUAACAAGAUGAUCGGCGCCAAGGUCAACGGUCGGCUAGUCAAACUGGACUACAAGCUGCAGAACGCAGAUGUCGUGAAAAUCAUUGGUUCGAAUUCAUCUGCGGGGCCCUCGUCAGAGUGGAUUGGAUUCACGAAGUCACGAACAGCACGGCAAAAGAUUCGACAAUUUCUUCGUGCGAGAGAUCGUGACAACAUGCUGGACCGAGGACGUAGAAUACUUGAGGAGGAAGCGCGGUCAUUGCUUGAACCUAUCCCAUCAGAGGCGGCCUUAACAGACAUAUUGCCUCGCCUUUCUGCCAUUGUAACAGCGGCUACCGGAAUGAAGAACAUUGCAACAGUGGACAGUCUGUGUAUCGCAAUUGCCAAGGGAAGUGAAGAGCAAUCUGAAUUUCCGCUGGGACGGACUGUCCUUGGACUCUUGCGAGAUCGAAGACACACGGUCCUCUCUGAGGCAGCUUCUGUGAGCCACCAGCAACAGUCCCCCGCGCAGAAGGCCAGGGCAAAAAGAGUUUGGGAGGGCAAACCAAAGAAAGCGCGAGGCAGUACUAACGAACGGGAAAUAGUUCUUGCGCCAUGCUGCCACCCGAUUCGAGGGGAUGACAUUCUUGGAAUUCAUGUAAAUUGCGGAGAAAGUGACGCCAUAAUUGUUCACCGAGCCCGAUGUGCCCACGUCACCGAUGAACUGAAGAAACAACCAGCCAACCCAAGCCUUGUGAACUUGCGGUGGACCCAAGAGUUUAAGAAGCAAAAGGAAAGCAGCCGCGUCGCCCUUGAGCUAGAGGACAGAAGUACUUUGAAGACAACCAGCGAACGCAAUAGUGCUGGAGGGUCUUUGGAGGGUAUCAAGCCGUCCCAACCGGUAAGGGUGUUGGUAGUUGCAAGAGACUGUGACGGUCUUCUUUCGUACGUUGCUGGAGUGCUUGCCAGCAUGGGUACUUCAAUAAGGCGAGCUGUAACACUGACAGACCCGGACACGCUGGUAGCAACGCUUGCCUUCGAAGUACUUGUCCAAGACUCAUACCAUUUGGGAUGCAUCAUUGAGCGGAUAAAGACAUGUGAAGAAGUAGAGAGCGCUGCCCGCAUAGGGCCACAUGAGAGUGACGAAUACUUCCCGCUUACGCAGUCUCGAUCUCACAACCGAGCCGCAGCUUCCAGUGAAGAGAUCGACGAACCGUCACUCCGCGCCCUCCAGGAAGGCCACCAGGUUCUUCCGACUGAGAUAGAAAUCGAUGGCAUCAAGUCGAAAAACGAAGAAGAAUCAACCUAGUUUUGUGAAUACUUACCAUUAGAGUUAUUAGUUGACCAAAAAGGUCGUGAACAGUUAGUUUGACAAAGAGUCGAACGAAAUGCAAUCCACCUAACAUAGUACGCAUGGGAUAGUUCGUAGUGUAAAAGUGAGAAUCACACACCGGUGCUCCGCUCCAAGGGUCUGCGAGUGACGUAUGCUCCGUGCCAAA